UUUUGAAGGAAAAUGAGUAUAAAUAGGUCUUCUACAAAGAUCAUUAAGGUGCCUAAGGUUUGUGGGGAAGAAUGGGGGUUGAAAAAGAAAGAGAGUAGGGAAAUAAUUUGAAUAUGAAUAAUACCAGCAGUGAAUGGAUAAAUAUGAACAAGGGAUAUAAGAUUCACAAAUUCCUUCAGAACAAGUCUCAAGAUAAAAUUAAAUUAAAGCAUGAGUAUAAUUAUAACUCCUUCAAAAAGACUCUUUCUAAAGAAAAGAUAAACUAAAAAGAAAAAAGUUACAACGUAUUGAAGACUAAGCACUGCAUUACAAAACAAUAAAAGUCUUGGAAAUAGCCUCUCAGAAAGUUCCAAUUUCAUCAACUUCGAUUCGAAAAAGUCUUCCAAAAAGACUAAUAAAAACUACUUCAAAAAUUCUCAAACCAAGAAGAGUGGCCGAAUUAGUGAUGCUAGAUACAUCACAAAUAUCCAAUUUAGAGGCAAUUCUAACAUCAGAUAUGAAGACCCUGAGUUAUCUCAGCCAUUGCUACCUGCUUCUAAUACUUCCCUUGCCAAAAUAUUUGCCUCUAAUAACGAACCACAGAAGGAUGAAAAGAAGACAUAAAAAUCUCAAUUAUGAAAAUCCAACAGAAACAGUUAAGAGAAAAAGCUCAUAAAUUCUUAAUUCAAGAGGCUACUCACAAGAGUGUAUCUGUGUUGAAUCCCAAAUUUGAAGCUUUUAAAGGACCCCUCAACAAUCGAGGAUCAGUGGAUAUGAACCCUGUCAACAACAUGAUUGAGAGCAAAUUCUCUUUUAUCGAUUUCAAUCACAAAUCUAAUUCAAAGAAGAAUAUUCCUCAAGAGAAGAUCUUCCAGAACCCUUCUGACAGAGCCGAAGAGAUUUAUAAGAUAAUCAAGGACAUGAAUACUUCAAUUAGAGUUUAAUAAAGGUAAUGAAUCACUCAGGAAGCAUCGAUCGAAGUCAAAGUUUAACCAAAAGAGAAGCUCUCUCAACCUCAUGAUGAGGCAAAGAGAGAAAAGUCAGAAGAAUAACCUCAAGUAUGGAAUCUUAGGACAGAGAGUCCAACCAAAGAAUUCUCUUCAUAAGCUUGAAAGCUCAGUUUUAGCCUUCGAAAACUCCAAUUUAGACUUCAAAGUAGGGGAUAGAACUGAAACUAGUCCUGUGAACUCAAGGAAUGUUCAGAUUUUGAAGCUGAAAGGCCUUAAUCCAGAGAGGAAAAGGAUGAACAACUCUGUGGAAUGGUCAGUCAGAAAUCAUAUCCAGAUACCUAUGAAAAGUAUAUUGAGCCAUGCGGACCCAUCUCAGGUAAAAUAGAUCAACAGGAGUAAAGCAUAAGAGCAGAAGAAAGAAAUUUAGAAGAAAGAUCAAACAAACUUAUGAGAUUAAUAAUGAGUUACAGUAUUCUUCUCAAAAGGUUAUAAUUUUUAGGCUGUUCAGACCACUCAAUUUUAGUAGUUAAGACCUGUAGUAUAUAAUAAACAUUCUCUGUUUAUAGAGGAUGCUUCUUAGCCUCAGAAGAGAGUAUUAUUUUAUAAAGUUCAUACACAGGAAUCCUUAAAGUAUAAUAUU